AUGGGGCUGCGGGUUUGCCGUGGGCGAGGAGAGGGCGGGGACGGGAGGGCACGGGGAUGGGCGGCCUCCCGGCCGGCCGGCCGGCCGGCCGACAACAAGCACCUCUCUAUGCCAGACACCUCCUCGGGCUCGGACGACGAGGGCUCGGUGCAGGGCGACUCCCAGGGCACCCCGACCUCCAGCCAGGGCAGCAUCAACAUGGAGCACUGGAUCAGCCAGGCCAUGCACGGCUCCACCACCUCCACCACCUCCUCCUCCUCCACGCAGAGCGGCGGCAGCGGCGCCGCCCACCGGCUGGCCGACGUCCUGGCCCAGACCCACAUCGAGAACCACUCCGCGCCCCCCGACGUGACCACGUACGCACCCGAGCACGCCGUGCCGGCCGAGCGGCCGCAGGGCUCCACCGCCUCCCGGACGGCGCCCAAGUACGGCAACGCCGAGCUCAUGGAGACGGGGGACGGAGUCCCCGUGAGCAGCCGGGUUUCCGCAAAAAUCCAGCAGCUCGUCAACACCCUCAAGCGGCCGAAACGGCCGCCGUUACGGGAAUUUUUCGUGGACGACUUCGAGGAAUUGCUAGAAGCGUGAGAACCUUUCCCACCCCCAUCACCUGGGAGGCUCCCGUGAGCCGGUAGCCUGCAGGUGUUUCUCCUACAAGGCCUUUUUGUGAAGAGCAGGGAUGGUGGCCUUCCCCAGAGGGUGGGAAUCCAGGGCGGAGGGUGGAGGCGGCCACACUCUGGGUAGAUCUUCACAGCCGAUGAGGUUGGUUCUGUGAGCCCAGCCGCUGCUUAACAGCUGUGUAAGAUUGUAGAAAACCUCAGCCCGCAGCACAGCUCCGGUGAGCUCCCUCCUCCUGCUCUCCGCAAAUGCGGGACCCGAUCCCUCAUGAGCCUUUGAACACGGACCACCGAAAACCGAACCAAAAUACGGCAGCCACUGGUCACAUCACACCUAAACUCCUUAUUUUCUUAUUCACUAAACCAUUAGUAACACGUAGCUGAUUUUCUGACCAGCAGGUGGAAAUUGUCAGCUAUAAACCAGGGGAGACAAACCUUUUCCAGAAGCGGGAGAAAUAAUCUCGGUUUCUAACCUAUCUAAAGGAUUCAGCAGGUGGUGUUUUAUUAUUAAAGAUGAUGGGCCGGGCGCAGUGGCUCACCCCUGUCAU